CUCAGCGACAUCCGAUUAUAUUGCCCCGUCAGCAUCCUGUGACGCGAGCAAUCAUAGUUUACUUUCAUAAACGAAACUUACACGCUGGACCUCGCGCUUUAUUGUCUUCGAUUCGGCUCCAGUACUGGCCCAUUGGCGUCGAAAAACAGUCUCCGUAUUGUUGCCAAAUGCAUAAUCUGUUUUCGUGCCAAGCCACGAUUGGCCGAGCAUAUAAUGGCAGACCUACCAGCUGAUCGUCUUAAUACAUCGUAUCCCUUUAUGGUCACUGGCGUUGAUUACUGUGGACCAUUUUACUACAAGAACGAAGUGCGCAACAGGCCACCAGUGAAAUGCUAUAUCAGUCUGUUCAUAUGCUUCGCUACAAAGGCGGUGCACUUAGAGCUUGUAAAGGACUUGUCCACAACAUCGUUUCUAAACGCCCUAAAACGUUUCAUCCUGACUCGCUCUCGACCUUCAAGGAUCUGGUCUGACAAUGCGACAAACUUCGUAGGUGCCAAGAACGAACUAGCAGAUCUGAACCGCCUGUUCCUGAGAGACGAGCAUGUCAAGGCCGUUAACGAGUUUUGCCUAACCGAAUCAAUUGAAUGGUUGUUCAUCCCUCCUCGCUCUCCGCACUUUGGUGGACUAUGGGAAGCCGCUGUGAAGACUGCUAAGCACCACUUUUAUCGAUCUGUUUGCUCUUCCAUUUUGGAUUUCGAUUCGCUGCAGCAUCCAGGUGAUCUUGACGUCUUGACACCCGCACACUUCCUGGGUACAGCGCCAUCUUCAUCAUACAUUGAGCCCGAUCUAAGGCAGCUUAACUUCAAUCGGCUUAAUCAUUUUCAGCGCGUCACAUAUCUCCAACAAGUAUUCUGGGCCCGUUGGCGCGAAGAGUAUUUGACGCUUCUUCAACAGCGCUCCAAAUGGGCGCACUCCUCAGCCUGGACUCUCCAUUAACGAUGUUGUCCUUGUAAAGGAUGAGAAUCUACCGCCGCUGAAGUGGCCACUCGCCAGAGUGCAAGAGCUGAUCUCUGGAUCUGAUGGGGUAUCCAGAGUUGCUGUGCUUCAAACUGCGACUGGAGUCAUACGUAGAGCUGUACGAAAGCUGUGUUUGCUGCCCAAACAGGAUGAUGUUGAAAGCCCUUGCCUUCCAACGGGGGGAGAAUGUUUGGUCAAGU